UAUACACGGGUGUAUGUACACGGCAGGAUGUCUGACAUUUACCUGCAGCAGCAAAUUGUUUAUGUAACUCAUCGUGAACCAAGCUUCUACUUGUUCAUCGUACUACUUACAAUCCGAUCAUCGACAGAUGCUGUCACAUUGACGGGGUCGUCUGAGUACGCUGUCCCCGGGAGUGAGUUUACACUGACGUGUGAUGUACCAGAGGAGGCAAACAGUGACCAGUUGUACCGCCGUCCUGACGUGACUGCUGUAGCUAGUAUACAAAUAGCUGGUAGUCAAUGUUACAACACCGCUACUGUUCCUCCUGUUCUCUGUAGCCCUGAUGUGUGCUCCUGUACUACCACCUCGACUAACUAUGGUACAGUGUUCCAGUGGGUCAUACAGCCACAGACAGGGGACCAUGGAUCUGUGUGGUUUUGUCGUCGUUCCAACCCAAGUCUACCUGAAGCUGACAGGAUUGUAGAGAGUCCUGACUACACACUUAACGUUGCAGACAGUCCUGGUACUGUAACCCUGUCCCCACCGGGCACUACCUACACCAGGACUGAGGGGGACACGUUACCGGACAUCACCUGUACAGCUGACUGUAGACCUGGCUGUACCUUUGUCUGGACAAAACCUGACAACACCAACUUUACUGCCUCAGCUGUGUUGUCACUGGGACAACUGGACAGAUCAGAACACGGGACGUACAGAUGCACGGCUAGGAAUGUUGUAGGGGAGUCAACUACAACUACAAGUGUCACUGUGCAGUAUGGUCCUGGUACUGUUACUCUAUCCCCGCCAGACACUACCUACACCAGGACUGAUGGGGACACGUUACCGGACAUCACCUGUACAGCUGACUGUAGACCUGGCUGUACCUUUGUCUGGACAAAACCUGACAACACCAGCUUUACCGCCUCAGCUGUGUUGUCACUGGGACAACUCGUCAGAUCAGAACACGGGACAUACAGAUGUACGGCUAGAAAUGUUGUCGGGGAGUUAACUACAAUAACAAGUAUUACCAUAUUAUAUGGUCCUUCAACUGUGCGUUUGACCCCGUCCACUACAUCCUACACUCCUAUAGAGGGACAUGCCAUCCCUACCGUCACGUGUUCGUCUGACUGUAACCCAGUUUGUACCUACAGCUGGGCAAAGGAUGGACAGUCCCACAAAACAGGGUCAGAUCUCCAGCUCACCAACAUACAACGUGGUCAGACGGGCGUGUAUAUGUGUACCGCCAGUAAUGGAUACGGAAGUCGGACAUCUAGUGACGUCAGUGUUACUGUAAACUAUGGACCAGGUGACAGUAUAUCAUUCCAGCCAAGACAAGAUGUGUUAGAUAGAGUUGAGAACCAGACUGUGCCAGAUAUCGUCUGUUCUGCUGACUGUGAACCACCAUGUACCUACAUCUGGUCGAAAGCAGGCACAACCUAUAUAAACCCACUAUCUGUGUCAACAGCCAUAAGGGGGAAUGCAGGACAAUACACAUGUACAGCUACUAACAGUGUCAGUCAGGGAACAAAUACAUGGAACCUGAUCGUCAGGUUUCCUCCUCAAAUAGUUAACCUCAGCUACACACAGGGAGACGCUGAUGUAACUGAGAACGGAUCUAAGUCACUGGUAUGCUAUGUAGAAAGUUACCCUCCGUCUACAAUCCAGUGGUAUUUUAAAGCUAACAACACAGUUCUACUGACCACUCCGGACGUACUGGAUAGCACCUACACCCUGGCUGCCGCUGUCUGUCUAGACACAGGAGUCUAUACCUGUUCUGCUCGGAAUAGUGUCUCCAACAUGGAGGCUACCAGGGAUAUUAACAUCAACGUUUUGUGUAAACCGCAUCCAUAUGAAGUAACUGACUACAACCAAGCGAUUAGCAUAUCUACAUCGGCCAAACUUAUUCUCCCUGCUGUGUUCAUCUCUAACCCGAAACCAUCGUUCACAUGGACCUUCCAAAAUUCCAAACUUACACCUGCCACAGAGCUUUUAAACGGUAUCGACAACUUUUAUGUACAAAACAAGUUCGUGAUGAUGAAUUUAUCUGCAGUGUCAGAAGGAACACGAACAGAUAUACAAGAAAUAUGGUUUGGAUUGUAUAAUGCCACGGCAACAAACAGCCAGGGAAGCACAAUGAUCAGCUUUAUGGUCCAAGAGAAACAGAGUCCUAGUUUCCCAAAAAGACUAACCGUUGGCUGUGCAAAGCCUUAUGCUGCCAAAGUAUCGUGGAAGGAUGGCGGCCACGCGCAAUAUUACCAAGUCUUUUUUAGCACUGAUGAAUUUCUACAAUCAAAUCAACCAUAUCCUGUGACUGUUACUGAAAAGGAAGCCGGACGUGUUAUGUAUAGUCUAGAUAUAAACAAUCUUGAGGGAGGACAACUGUAUUACUUUAAGGUUGCAGCAUUCAAUGAAUACGGAAAUACAACAUCGCUUGAUGCUGUUGGAUGUACAGUUCAGCAGGCACUUUCCUGCGGUAGUGACAGCAUGUAUAUAACAGGACUUGUGUUGAUUUGUGUUGCCGUAGUAACGCUCCUAUGUACAGUUGGACUCGGAAUAUUUAUCAAACGAAACGGUGGACUGCCUUUUCUGAAAUGCCGGCACCCGCAUCCGGGAGAAAUCCAGAGCGUUCAACUUUCAGAACGUCGUAACGUCAAUGAAGCACAUACGAAAACCGACAGAGAAGAAGAAGGAUUGCAAUAUGAACAACUUGAUACAAAUGCAAUCGCGAAGCCGUCUGUAUACUCUGAAACCGGAAGUCAUCAUCACGGUUACCAGAACAAUCCAGUCAACGACGGUAGACAGUAUGAGUCAUUGGGAAGGCGAUUUACUGAAAACGUCUACGACGAAUGCCAAAGCAGAACGUCCGGGAACAAAGGGAUAUACGUCAACACAACCAAUGCAGGGAGUGCUGCUAAUUCCGGAGAAUGUAAAACAGCCUUCGGUUGAUAAAGGCGCAUUCAACAAGUAAAACUUAGUGAAGAAUUAAAAGGAAAAUAGGACACCAUUGAGUUCAUCAAAUAUAGAUAAGAGAUAUGCAAAUAAACACAUAACUACCGAUGGUUAUGUUUGAAACAACCUCGGUGUUUAUGUUCACAUUCUGGUGGAGCGGGUAACCAUGAGAGUGUGUCGUUUUAUUAUUAAAUUGUUGAAGGAUGGAACAUGAUGUGUACUAAAAUUACAUGUUUUAUCAUAGGCUGGAACUGAUGUGAUUUCGACGACGCUUUUAAAUGCUAUUAAUAUUGGUGUUGAAAAUAAACUUUUGUUGAAUUAUCAUUCGGUAACACGGUAAAAGCAUCACAUCCUCCCGAGAAAUAAUGUUAACAGUCAUCGGUAUUGUUACUCCUUAGUCAUGCUAUGCAUUGCAUAUACGUUUGCAGAAGGAGGACUUAUACUCACAUGAAUGAAAUCCGUUAUGUGUAUGUAAUAAUAAUUGAUAUUACACAUCCCGGCUACUUUAUACAUGACUAUGACGUUUUCCUCUCCUUAUUUAUGUUGCAUUUCAUUUAUUAAUGUUUUUGGGAUGCUGAUGUGAUAGAAAAGUAAAUGUAUCAUGCAUAUGCUAGCCCAAUUAUUUUUUUAUCUUAAAUAUGUUGCGAUAGGUAUCAUGUUUAAAAGUUGUGUCAUAUGAACAUUAUUCAAUUAACAUACAAGUAUCACUACACAUUAUAAAUACCAUAUCCUUUCCAAGAUUAGGUGAUUGAUGUGUGUCUUACUCCAGGUGGCUGGCUAUUCUUGUACGUGAUGUGUAUAUGUCUAGUCUGAGUAAGCAUGCUAGGG